UUGUUAUACCUCGGAGAAGAAGUGCAGUAACAUCCUAGCGGUUAAACUAUUGGUCCCGCUAGCAAGAGCUAAUUUUCUCUUGUUUUCAAAGUUUUCAUGAAGCUUUUGGCAGAUUUUUGCAGAGAGUGAUAAGGAAUGGUCUGACUACUGCAGUACCCCUAAAAAUGCACAGCCGCCUGCAGGAGUUGAAGAAGGAAGAGGAGACUCUCCUCAAAAUCAAAGUCAUGCUACAAGACCAGCUGAACAGGUUAAAGUUUGAAGAAGGGGCCUUGAAAUCAAUUAUUAAUGCUCAAAAGCAUGAUGGAACUCCACAGCACUUGGCUUCAGAAACAGAGCUUGAAAUUGACCUUGAUGAUGAGAGUGGAAUCAACCAAACCAAACUGCUGUUGAGUACAUCUGUAGACUAUGAAAUGGAGGAAGAAGAAGAUGAGGAGGAGGAUGAAGAGAAUGAAGAGGAUAAUGAAGAGCUUGAAUUUGUACCUGAGGAAGAGGAGGAUGGCGAUGAUGGUUAUUGAGACUUUGGGCUGCUUCAGUUUUCAGUGGGCUAUCAUAUCUAAAUGUGUUUAGUUUAGUAUUGUUUACAAAGUUUAAUUUAUUUUGAUGGCAUUACAGUGUGAUCAUAUGCAGUGGUGAGACUGUUAUCUCCUUCACCAGAUUGUAGGGUCAGUAUUUCAAAAGAAGUAUGUAUGUGUAUGCGUGGUAGCGUAAUAUGUCAGUGUUAUUAGAUACUGUCAGCAUCUUACAACUGCAAGAUUACAAGAUGAGCUGUUGAUUUGUCUGAGUAUAAAAAUGUAUGGCUGGGCCAUAUAAAAAGAAAUAAUCGUAAGCACAGAAUUAAAUGCUCUGCAUUGGCUUCA